UGCACCAACAACCAGCUGGGGGAUGUUACUGCUUUGCACCAAUUUCCGGACCUGGAGGAGCUCAGCCUUGAAGGCAACCCCUUCCUGACGUGCAGAGCGGUGGCCUCCAAGCGGCCAGAUAAUGUCCCACUCGACCUCCCUUCCAUCAAGCGAGUGUGUUCCUCCCCAGCAGCCAAGACAGAGGACAAACCUGUGGACUCUGAUGGAGGGCAGGCUGCCCUACACCUGGAACCCCUGCACUUCCUGCAGUGCCAUAGCAGAAACAGCAGCCCUAAGGACCUGGAGACCCAGCUGUGGGCCUGUGCCUUUGAGCCUGCCAGGGAGGAGGGACACUCGGGGGCCACAGCACAGACUGUGGCCACAUGUGGGGGGGUAGACUGCCAGACAGGCAUCGUUCUCCAUAAAUACAAGGUACCAGGCGAGGACUUCUUCUCGGUGGCCUGGACAGCCCUGACGGUGGUCACCCAGGCAGGACACAAGAAGCGCUGGAACAUGCUGGCAGCUGCAGGCCUCCGGGGCAUGAUCCGGCUGCUCCAUGUGCGUGCAGGCUUUUGCUGCAGCGUCAUCCGAGCCCAUAAGAAGGCCAUUGCCACCCUCUGCUUCAGCCCCACCCACGAGACCCACCUCUUCAACUCAUGCUCAACUGCAGCUCUGUCCCCUUGCGCCUCUGCCCUGUUGCCCCCUGUCCGGAUGACUUCAUGAUAGCUGGCUGUGAGGGAGGCUGCUGCUGCUGGGAUGUGCGGCUAGACCAGCCCAAAAAGCAAAGGGUGUGUGAAGUGGAAUUAAUCUUCUCUGAAGACUCCAAGAUGUCAGGGCAGAGAGUGGACGGGCUGGCAUUUGUGAGUGACGAUGUUGUGGCCUCUAAAGGGAGUGGACAGGGCGUUAUCUACCUGUGGAGCUGGAGCCAGACGUGGGCAGGCCGGGACAGCCGGUCUGUGUUGCCUGUGGUCAUCCUGGCCCGGCUGCAGUGGUCACCCACCAAUUUGGCUUACUUCUCACUCAGCACCUGUCCUGAAAGCAGCCGCCUCCACUGGCAGCAACUCCGCAGGCCCCAACUCAGAUCCUGAAAUGGCCUCAGCCAGUAGCACAGGGCCAACCAGUGACCAAGACCAUGGUAAACACGGUUGUGGCCAAUGCAGCUUUUACGUACCUCACUGCUCUGACUGACUCCAACAUCGUGUCCAUCUGGAGGAGUUGCUAGCUUGCACAGGCAGGGUAUCAGGGUCACAGCGUAUCAGCUUGGGGCUAAUGGUAGAGGUUUUUGUACCAGUGAGUAUUUUUAUUAAAUUCUCUACUGUGGACUAAGAGGCCAGUAGAAGCAGCAGCUUGCAAACAGAGAUCCAAGGACAAGGACCUCCCUCCCCAGCAGCCCCAGGGUCUGCCGCAGUCUGUGGUUAGGUCUCUUGUGUGACAGGCCACCUGCUGUGCACAGGUAACCCACAUGCUGCUGUCCUGCUGCAUAUGGGUCUUUUCCUGCUGUACUUUAUUAGGAAAAUAGCAAUCUAUAUACAGAACAGGGCAACAUCCAGCUACAGAGAGGAGAGGGUGGCUGUUAUCGAGAAUACUGAAAGGAGCCUGAGGGUGUGUGCACCAGCCUUCCAGCCAUUAAGCAAUGCUCCUUUUAGCUGCUACUCAAUUCCUUCUUGCUUGUCCUUGAUGGCCACCUGAAGAGGAAGGACAAUGGCAGUGACUACAUGGAAUGACCCCAGUAUCCCCUGCUUGUGUGGCACCAGGAACCUGGCACUGCAGUCCUUCUAGAAGUUCUCCAGAGACUAUCACACAAGGCAGACCAGUACCCAAAGGCUCAAGGGUGCAGGUGCUUCAGCAGGUUCCACCUUCCCUGCUCUGAGGCACCUGUUUGCUGAGGGCUAGGGAUGGAGCCAAGUGAGAUGAAAAUCUCAAAAGGUGAGGGUCCCUGACCAAUAACUGCGACUCCCAUCCUGGGAUGAAGAUUCCCUCAGGAGUCUCAGAAGCCUUAUGAGCCAGAAGAGCCAGUGGCAAAGGGGAGAGAUUUUGGUUAUGGUUUUUGAUGCUGAAGAUGGUACCUAAGGCCUUGAUUGUGCUAGGCAAACAAUGUACCACUAAGUUAUGUCUCGGACCCUGAUUGGGGGAUGCUAGUUGGGGACGGGGCCAGCUCUGCUGCUGAAUCAACACAAUUCACAAGUCCCUGCCCAGCUGCUUACCCGGAAUCGUUCCUCCAGCAGAGAGAGCUCACUGAUGAGGUCUGUGAUGGCAUUGGUGAAGGCCUCCUGAGGACUGUAGUCUGGAGUGGUCUGCACUCCUUCAACAGCUGGCUGAGAAACAGGUGUACUGUGAGGGAGAUCAGGCCUGGCAAUCCAGCUGCUCAGGAAUACUAAGUUCAAGGCCAGCCUACCCAAUUUAGUGAGAACAAUUUAAAAAAUAAAGGACUGGGGAUGCAGCUUAA